GUUUACUCUCCAGCCAGUCAGUCAUCAGGAGGCAGCGGGAGAGGUGAAGCAGGUGAGGGCCACGAACACACCUGCGCCGCGGAGGGGAGCAGAAAGCAAAGGUGAAUGAACUACGAGGGAAAAACAGAAUACUGACGAACAAAAAAGAAAAGACGGAAGAAGGAGAGCGAGGUAAACAUGGUAUCAUCUGACAGAAGGCGCAUCAAGGUGGCUUAUGAUGAGUGGGUGCCGUGGACGCGCGUAGUGCACCAGCAGGACGGCUCCGUCAAGAUCGAGGGCCCCAUGGGAUAUGUGAUUGAACUCAUCGCCCACAACCUUCGGAUUGAUUACGAGUUAAUUACUGCCCCGGAGAAGGUGUGGGGCGGCCCGGACAAGGAUGGCAACUGGAAUGGCAUGCUGGGAGUCCUGCAGCGAGGGGACGCGGAGUUCGCGAUAGGUCCCUUCACCAUCACGCCGCAGCGGGAGACCAUCUGCGACAUGUCCGUGCCCAUCUCGGGGGCAAACAAGGACAUCAUGAUGGAGAGGCCGAGGCUGCGGACAGACAUGGCGGGCUUUCUGAAGGCCUUCACGUUGGAGGUGUGGCUCCUGACGGCGAUGAGUAUAUUGGCCAUCAGCUGCGCCACCAUAGUGCUGGUGAAGGCCGAGGGACACGUCUUUGGCCGCGUCGUCAAGAACGCUUACUCGCACACCAUCCUGUGGGUGCUCAAGUCCGUCACGCAGGAGAGUUCCCUGUGGCUGCCGCCCCAUGACGCAGGCCGCGUGUUGGUCACCACCUGGCUGCUGGCGUCCCUGGUGUUCAUGUCCUCCUACAGCGGCAUCCUCACCGCCAUGCUCACUCUGCCUCGAAUAAUUAUUCCCAUCGACUCCCUGGCAGACCUAGUGGCGCAGGACGACAUUUCCUGGCGCCUAGAGGGAGGGUCGUCGCUGCACCAGUACUUCAGGGAGGCGAAGAGCGGCGUGCAGCUGGAGGUGUACCAGCGGCUGGGCGGCACCUUCAAGGACUGCUGGGAGGUGCGGGAGCAGGUGAUAGCUGGCAAGUUUGUUGGUUUGUGUGACGAUACCACCAUCAUGAAGGUCAUGGCCUGGGACUUCAGCACCAGCGGGGAGUGCCACAUCUACAUGGCGCGGGAGAGCAUCAUCUCCAGCGUGUGGAUGGGCAUCGGCUUCAAGAGGAACUCCAGUUACAUUCGUCGAGCAAACAGAGUCAUCCGCAUGAUAACGGAAGCGGGACUGGUGCAGCACUGGCUGACUGAGGAGAUCGGCAGCAUCCCUCAGUGCCUCAGGCCGCCCAGCGCUGACCGCGGCCUGGGCAUUGCUGCUCUUAACUUCGAGGCCUUCAGCGGCCCCCUGCUGGUGCUGGCGGGAGGUGAGCAGGUGGAGUGGAAUGGCAGGAAAGAAGAAAUAACUAAACGCUUGUUAUCUUCCAGUUUAGUAUUUUGCAAACUCUACAGGCUAUGUUAUUUUGCAACACUACUGUCCUUGCUGUCAUGCUGUAAACUUAAACUGACGAAUAUCUUUUUUUCUGGCACUGAACCCGCCGCCUCCCCAGGGCUGUGGGUGGCGGCCAUGGCCUUCGCGAUGGAGCUCCUGGUCUGGCGCUUCGCAGCCGUGACCCUAAACUGACCUUGACUUAGCGACGCUGACUCCCAUGCCUCACUCUCCCUCACCAACACGCUUCCACAACACAAUACUCACCUCAACACACGCCAGGGGCGUGUGUUGAGGUGAGUAUUCACGACCUCGCGGGGCACCACGACUUAGGAAGGGCGGUGACAGACAGACACAUUUAUGAUCCCGAGACGCCCGUGAGUUUAUGACACACCCUUGACACUGUGCCGGGAGAGUGGAGCCUCAAAACGGUGGAAAUUUGUUUUGUUUCCUCACAGACCAUCAUACUGACAGAGUGAUGUCAUCCUCUUCUCUGCUUCUAAGUAAAUAUACACAAAUGGACUUCUUACUGUUGCUCAAGGAAACCAGCAUCACCCAAUAUUUUCUAAUCUAAUAAAGGGUUUAAUC